UGUUAUUGUUGAGUUUCACUUGGUCUUUGUUGUUGAAUUUAUUUACUCUAGACAGUCAAAGGGUUUUAGGUGAGACAUGUAAACAAACAAUUUAAGACCAAGACUGAGUUAUUAUUAGGUACUUAAGAUCCAUUUUCACCCAGAAAUCAAGGAUAUUUUCGUUUUUCUGUCUUUCUAGGAAGAAUCCUUUCAUGGGGGUCUCACUUUAUUUGUGAAAUUUUAAUUGGGUUAGUGAGUGAAAUGAUAGGAGAAGAACAAAAUGGAAACCCCUCGGAUUCGAAUUCCGGGAUAACUGCUCCUCGGAAAACUUACUGGAGGUCUGCUUCAUGGUCUGAACGUUCUCCAAAUAGUAGACCAAAGGUUGGAACAACACAGGCUAAAACUAGGUUAUGUCUUCCACCGCUACAGCCUUUGUCAAUUGCUCGGAGGAAUGUUGAAGAAUGGCCGAAAGCGGGGUCGGAUGAUCUUGGUGAAUGGCCUCAUCCUCCUACUCCUGGAGGAAGGCGGGGGGGAGUGAAAUCUCCUGAGAAGGCUGUUUCGGGAUACCCACAGAGGGAAUUUCAGCUCAAGAAGGAUAAACUUGCGUUUUUCGAUAAAGAAUGUUCGAGAAUUACUGAUCAUAUAUACUUAGGAAGUGAAGCGGUGGCUAAGAAUCGUGAAAUUCUUCGGAAAAAUGGUAUUACUCAUGUACUUAAUUGUGUUGGUUUUGUUUGCCCUGAGUACUUCAAAGAAGAUCUGGUUUAUAAGACUUUGUGGUUACAAGAUAAUCCAUCUGAGGAUAUAACUAGUAUACUAUAUGAUGUCUUUGAUUACUUUGAAGAAGUUCGUGAGCAGAAUGGACGAGUACUCGUUCAUUGCUGCCAGGGAAUUUCUAGAUCCACUUCAUUGGCUAUAGCUUAUCUUAUGUGGAGAGACGGGCAGAGUUUUGAGAAUGCAUUUCAGCUUGUGAAAGCUGCUAGGGGUGUUGUGAAUCCAAAUAUGGGAUUUGCUUGCCAAUUACUUCAAUGUCAGAAGCGGGUUCACGCUGUACCAGCGAGCCCAAAUUCGGUUCUUAGGAUGUACCGGAUGGCUCCUCAUUCAUCGUAUGACCCUCUCCAUCUUGUUCCCAAAGUACUACACUAUCCUAGCCCUCUUGGGCUGGAUUCUCGUGGUGCAUUCAUCAUUCAUGUACCAUCAGGUAUUUAUGUCUGGGUAGGGGUUAAUUGCAACCAAGUAAUGGCAAAUGAUGCAAGAGUAUCUGCGUUUCAAGUUGUUCGUUACGAGAGAGCUCAAGGUUUAGUUUUGACUGUAGAAGAGGGAAAGGAACUACCGAGCUUUUGGGAUGUUUUUGCUAGUAACCCUCUCUUUCUGGGUGAUAGGGAUCAGGCUUUGAAGGUCAAAAAAGAAGCUAAUGGAGGUUGGUCCGAAGAAAUGAAUCAUGACGUGGUGAAAACUGAGUUUGGAGUUGGCAAGAAGAUGGUGGUUGAGUAUGAUACUGAUUUUGAAAUUUUUCACAAGGCACUCUCGGGUGGUGUAGUAUCGCCUUGUCCGCUGUCGAGAACUGGAAAUGAGACAUGCUUGCCUGCUAGAGAAAGUGGUUGGGGCAGGAUAAGAGAGAAAUUUGUUAAUGGUAUCAUGAAAGAAAUUGUUGCAGCACCUCAAUUUACCUUUAACAGUUCUCAGUCAGAAAUGUUGAUGGAUUCUUGUAGAGAAGAGGAGUUCUAUGUUCCUUCUACAGAUCCUCCUUCUUUGUCACCUUCCCCUCGUUGUAGAUCGCCUAAUUCAUUCAACAGUUAUUCAGACUCAAGUCCAGACUCCAAUUCCAAGUCUCGAUCACCUUUGCCUUCACCUUCACUGUCAGAUCAUUCCAGUUUCUUUACCACUUCACCGGCUUCUUCUAACUGGUCUGACUCUUCAUCUUUAUCUUAUCAGUUAUCACCUAGAGAACCUUUUGAUGUCAAGCCUACUCCUCGAGCAAGAAUUGUUCCAUAUCCAUUCAAAGGGUUUGGAUCCUCUAUCGCAGAACGUAGAGGAAAUACUCCUCCUUCUCUGAUGUUGCCACCGGUUGACGAGCCUCCACAACUUUCCAGAACCAUGGUUAGAUCAUGGACAUUUUCACACUUAGCUUUAGAUGAAAAUGUAAUGGAGAGCAAUGUAAACCAAGGAUUUGAAUGUCAGGAUUUUCAUGAACCAUGUAAAAGAGAAUUGCCGUCAUAUUCCAAGCAGUUGGUUAGUGGAAAUGACAUUAAAAUUAGGAUAGCAGAUGAGCAUCUAGGAAAACAUUGUACGGUGUCAGAACAAUUAGUCACUGAAGUUUUAGAUGUUAUAAACCCGGUUGUCUAUCGCUGGCCCAACGUUGAAAAGGUCGAUAUGUUUCAUGAUGGGUUGCUUGAUUCUAAAUCAGUUUUCCUCCUGCUAGCUCCCGAGGCAAAUGCAGGAAAACAGAAGUCAAAAUUUUUGUAUGUCUGGGUAGGUAGAGAUGCACAAUAUGACCAAGUGCUGAGUUCCAUGAUUGGAAGUGAUGUUGUGAACGAAGAUAAGCACUUCCAUUGGGAGAAUGUAGGCAACAAAUUCCUUGCUCAAAUGGGACUGCCGAUGGAUACCCCGGUGCAGAUUACAAGAGAUGGUGAAGAGACCAGGCAAUUUCUGGAACAUCUCCCACAUCCAGUUCAUCAAGCAGUAGAGAGCUGCCUGUAACUGACGAGGUAGUGACAGACAGGUUGUCAAAGCAGAUGUCUUUUGCAUAAUUCUGUUUAACAGCUUAAGGUUCCAAUUUACCUAAGUUGGAUCCUGGCCUUAGCCUUUUGCUGCAGGUGAGAUAGCAUCCCAUGUAGGGUGGAGCUACUAAAUAUUUUCUCCCUGCAUGUGUGAUGAACCAAUGGAUGAAUGUAUGAACCACCAAUUGAAGGAAUAGUAGUCUGUACAUAAAAUAAAGCAUGCUGUAAAUUGUAAUCAAUACUGCGAUGCAUUUGAGAAUUUGGAGCAAAUGGUGCACAUUUCCUCUU